AUGGAUUGUGAAACGCCGGAUCUUCCGGAGCCAGAGACUCUCGAACAGCCAUCGAGUAUGGUUGUUGAGCCAGGGUCUAACCAGGACGGCCAGACAGCUUUAGGCGAGACAACUAGUCUUGUUGAUAAGCAGAACACUAAAAAUGAAUCCCAAGGUCUUGAACCAUGUCCUAGAGUGGACGAUAACGGGGUUUUACCGCCUAAUUCUGAAAGUGAGCCGUUAAAGGCGUCUAUUCUUGACAUAGACGCCAAGUCGGACUCUAUAUCUCAAAAAGAGGAAUCAGAAAUCACUGAUUCUAUUGCAGGGCAGGAUUCUUGUGUGGCUAAAGAGCCCAUCGACGAGGCCAUGCCACCAACGGAGUCGGUCGGAGAGUGA